AUGGAAAUCGUUAUAUUCUGGUCGUCAUGGAUUACUUCAGCAAGUGGCCUGAAGCAUACGCCAUUCAACUGGGAAGUUUGUGGGCUUCUUGUCAUCAAGAAGACAAGAACAACACCACUUCACCCACAAUCUGAUGGCAUGGUCGAACGAUUUAACCGAACCCUGAAGGAACAUCUUUGCAAAAUUGUGGACAACAACCAGCGAGAUUGGUUUCGACACAUUCCCCUGUUUUUGAUGGCGUAUCGAAGUGCAAGACAUAGCUCAACUGGCCAUACACCGUCUGGGAUUUUGAUAGUAAGGAACAUCAGACUGCCGAGCGAAAUAAAAUUCGGAUGUCCCACGUCGGAUCCGCAAGCCGAGGAUGACAUUGAUGACCUCAGAGAGAGACUCAUUUAG